AUGUCAGCAUCUUCAGACGACGAAGACGCCCUCAUCGCUUCUCUCGAAGCUACCUCCGAGAACGAUCCUACUCUCUCCGCCCUACGCGAAAAGCGCAUCCAGGCCCUCUCCUCCGCUCUCUCCCACCAAAAAUCCCUCCGCACAGAGGGCUUCGGCACCUAUUGCCGCAUCACGACCGAGAAGUCCCUUCUCGAGAUCACCACUUCUCCCACAUACGACAAAUGUAUCGUUCAUUUCUACAAGGAUGAUUUCAAUAGGUGCAGGAUCAUGGAUGGGCAUCUAGGAAAGCUGGCAGAGAAGCAUCUAGAGGCAAGGUUCUUGAGGGUGGAGGUUGAGGACGCGCCGUUUCUGGUGGGCAGGCUGGGGGUGAGAGUGCUGCCGUGUGUGAUUGGAUUUGUAGGUGGUGUGAGCGCGGAGAGGGUCGUGGGAUUUGAAGGCCUCGGUGGGGGUGAUGAUUUCAGGACUGAAGUGCUGGAGGAGAAGUUCGUCGAUGUGGGGGUAUUGGAGAGAAAGACGGAGGUCGAAGGACUAGGUAUGGGAAGCGGAGGACACGGAGAGAGAAAGCAGUCAGGGAGAAAUGUGGGUGGGGAUGAAGAUGACGAUGACUGGGAUUGA